CAAAUUUCUCGGAGAAGAAAAAAUGUUUUACUUGUGAAUUUGAUUAACGGAAACUCUUGAUCGACUUCAAAUUAUCUGAGCAAAAAAUUAUUACAAUUCAGACGGUGAUAUUAAACACUUAUUACUAUUUCGCAAAAUGGUGCAGCAAGAGGCAGUGAUCGUAAGGAACGCCAUAAAGCGUUAUGAGAAAGAAUUAGUGUUCAACGGCCUGAAUAUGACUGUUCCAAAAGGUUCCAUUUACGGACUGUUAGGAGCCAGCGGAUGUGGAAAAACCACACUGCUGUCUUGCAUUGUUGGAAUUCGAUAUCUCGACAGCGGAGAAGUGUGGGUAUUGGGAGGAAAUCCGGGCAGCAAGGGCUCCGGCAUCCCUGGGCCUCAAGUAGGUUACAUGCCGCAGGAGAUCUCCUUAGUCGGAGAGUUCACCAUGAGUGGUGCUCUAUAUUAUUUCGGCAGAAUCAAUGGGCUCGACGAUGAGGAGAUUGAGACGAGACAGAGAUUUUUGUCGGAGUUAUUGCAACUACCCCCAGCAAAUCGCCUAGUGAAAAACAUGAGUGGAGGCCAACAGAGAAGAGUUUCUCUUGCCGCUGCGAUGAUUCACAGGCCCGAACUUCUAAUCCUGGACGAACCCACUGUGGGCUUGGAUCCAAUUUUGAGGGAAAACAUUUGGGCCUAUAUGAUUCAGAUUACGCAGGAGGAAGGUAUCACCGUGCUGAUCACAACGCACUACAUCGAAGAAACUAAAGAUGCUAAUAAAAUCGGUUUAAUGAGAUAUAGUAAAAUGUUGGCGGAAUUACCACCGCAAAAAUUAUUGGAGCGAUUUCAAUGUUCGUCCUUGGAGGAGACUUUCUUGAAACUGUGCAAAACACAGGAUAAUACAGUUUCUUUAAAUGACGCUCAGGAAUUCGAAGUGGAAGAUACUAGCAGUGGCGUUUCGUAUCGAAACCAAAACCAAUAUGAACAAAAAAAAGCAAUCUUGGAGUAUAAAGCAGUGUCAGAGCGUCAAGUUUCGCGAUUGAGAAGAUUCACAGCUUUAUUAGCGAAGAACGGCAAUCAAUUUUUACGGUUUUAUGGAGGACUAGUUUAUGCAACAUUGUUUCCGAUAAUCCAAAUCAGCGUAUUUAUUAUUGCAAUUGGUAAAGAUCCAAAAGGACUGAAAAUUGGUGUUGUCAAUGAUGAAGCUGGCAACUGCGAUUACGGUAGCAACUUUGGUAACGUUUGUAAUGACGAAAUUACCUGCCACUUUAGUAACCUGAGUUGUAGGUUCUUGCAUAGUUUUAAUAACUCCAUCGCAACACAGGAGUAUUAUGACAAUAUUUCCGAGGCGAGUUAUGCCGUACAAAAUGGAAAACUUAAUGGUUUAAUGUAUUUUAGUCAAAACUUUUCCGAAGCUCUUCAAAUACGAAUGGAAGAUGCCACUUCGGCAAAGGAUUCUGAUCUUCUUGCCAGUCAAAUUCAAGUUUUUCUAGAUAUGGGUGGUAUGUAA